AUGAUUUCUGUUACCUUUAACCUUGAAAAUCAGACAAUAUUCGAUCUUGUGGUCAUUUGGUAUCGGUCCGGCUACAUGAUGGCUGAACAUUCUAUCCUCGUUCCACUAGCAUCACAUGUACAUUCUAAGCCAAAAACAAAAGUCUCUAUUGUUGGUGUUGGAUCCGUUGGAAUGGCUAUUGGGUUUUCGAUUAUGACCAAGGGUCUUGCUAGCAUUUUAGCCCUCGUUGAUUUUAACGAGGAUAAAGUCAAAGGUGAAGUUUUGGAUAUGCAACAUGGGUCGCAGUUUUUGCACACUUGCAACGUUAUUGGGGGCAAAGACUAUAGCUACACCAGCCACUCUGAUGUCGUUUUUAUUGCUGCUGGUGCACGACAGGUUGUAGGCGAGUCAAGACUGAACCUAGUUCAAAGGAACGUCGAUAUCUUUAAGACGAUUAUUCCUGAGGUGGUGAAGUACAGUCCGGACUGUAUCAUCGUGGUCGUUUCGAACCCAGUUGACAUUCUUACCUAUGUCACCUGGAAACUGAGUGGAUUGCCAAGAAAUCGGGUUAUUGGCUCAGGAACGAUCUUGGAUUCGGCUAGGUUCAGACACAUCCUUGGACAGAAGCUGGAUCUGGCUGCCAGUUCAAUUCAUGGCUACAUCAUUGGCGAGCAUGGUGAUUCCAGCGUUGCUGUUUGGAGUCGUGUCUCUGUUGGUGGUGUCAACUUGAGUACUGUUUAUCCCAAGUUUGGCGAAGAUGGUGAUCCCAAUAACUUCAAGGCCGUGCACAAAGAUGUCAUUGAUAGUGCGUACGAGAUAAUCCGUUUGAAGGGUUACACUUCAUGGGCUAUUGGGCUUUGUUGUGCUAAUCUCUGCGCAGCACUUCUCAGUGAUCGCAAUGUCGUGAUUCCCGUGACUACGAAUGUUGCGGGCCUCUACGGCAUUAAGGAGGACGUCUUCUUAAGCAUGCCUUGCGUAGUGAACGCUAGUGGAGUCACUUCAGUGGUGAAUAUGAGUCUUACCGACAGCGAGAAGGCCAAGUUGCACCAAAGUGCGAAGACUUUGCUUGAAACCACCUCUGGUAUUAAAUGGUAA